ACACCAGAAGAAAAGUAAAAGCGUUUCUCAAUCAAACAUGGCCGCUUCCUCUACAAGCUAGCAGAGUCGUGUAUACUGAUUGCCAUAAAGUUAUUCCAAACGCUGUCACGUAUUAAAUUCCCGUUGCUUCAACUAAGUCCCACUGUUAAUUUGUGUUUUUGAAGAAAUUAUGUCGCUAAAGUGACGGAAGCAGUGUAGCAACAGCAUGGACUUUACAUCUGAGGACGGGGAAACUCCUAUCCCCCACACCGUCGAUAUGACCACCAGUGAAAAGGUGGUGGAUCUCCUAAAUCAGGCUGCUUUGAUACCCACAGAUGAAAAACUUACUGUGCUCAAACAGGUCCAGGAGCUCAUCAUUAACAAAGAUCCAUCGCUUCUUGACAAUUUCUUGGAUGAGAUGAUUGCCUUUCAGACUGAUAAGUCGAUUGAAGUAAAAAAGUUUGUCAUUGGCUUUAUAGAGGAAGCAUGUAAAAGGGACAAUGAACUUCUGGUUCGACUAAUCGCCAACCUGAACAUGUUGCUGAAGGAUGAAAGUGUGAAUGUGGUGAAGAAAGCUAUUCUUACACUCACCCAGCUCUACAAAGUUACUCUACAGUGGUUGGUGCGCUUCAAAGUAUUGUCAGAGGUGCAGGAGGCAUGCUGGGAUUUAGUCACACAGAUGAAGGAGGAGGUUCUUACCUUGUUGGACUCUGAAAAUGAUGGAGUGCGCACUCACUCCAUCAAGUUCACAGAAUCACUAAUCAUCACUCUGUCACCACGGACGUCAGACUCCGAUGUCCCUAAACGACAAGAGGGUGACAUCAGCUUGGACAAAGUUCCCAAAGAUCACUCGUACAUUAGAUAUGAUGUCCUUUGUGAAGAGGGAAAGACUGCACUAGACAAACUGCUGAAGUUCAUGGUCCACCCAGCCAUUUCCAGCAUCAACCUCACUACAGCUCUAGGCUCACUGGCCACUAUUGCCCGUCAGAGGCCAAUGUUCAUGUCAGAGGUGGUGCAAGCGUAUGAGACAUUACAUGCAAACCUGCCGCCCACUCUGGCUAAGUCUCAGGUCAGCAGUGUGCGAAAGAAUCUCAAGCUGCACCUGGUGGCGGUCCUCAAGCAUCCUUGCAGCCUAGAGUUCCAGGGUCAAAUCAGCACUCUGCUGCUGGACCUGGGCAUGCCCCAGAGUGAAAUAACACGAUCUACACCGGCACCACGUGAGCCACGCAAACGGCCGCGCCAUGAACAGUACACAGAGGGAAAAAAGGUCAAAAUGGAGCCGACCCUCAUUGAAGACGAUGAGGACAAAGAAGAGCCUGCUCCUCUCUUGAUCCCUAAGCCAGCUGCUGUUCCAGCUGCACAGUCUGCCAUUGACCUCACAGCUGAAUUCCUGCACCCACUCCUUUCCCCUGAGAAUGUAGCUAACCUGGUCCUAAUCAGUAUGGUGUAUCUGCCUGAUGUCAUGCCAGCAUCCUUCCAAGCCACCUACACACCUGUUGAGUCAGCAGGCACCGACGCGCAAAUUAAACAUCUGGCCAGGCUGAUGGCCACACAGAUGACGGCAGCUGGGAUUGGUCCAGGACUUGAACAAUGCAAAGCCAGAGAGGACGAUGCCUGCAAAGAGGAAGAAAAUGAGGACUCCAUUGCUAAAGACCUACUCAUCAAACGCAAAGUUCCAGCCGUGAUGCUGGGCCAAGCGAUCUCAGUGGUCGGCGGUUACCCAGAAAAAGUUCCCAGCCCUGAGACUCCUACUGUAGCAAAGAGACUUCCUGAACCCAUACUUCCGACCGCACAACCCAAAAUUGCUGGGGCAAGUGGAAGAAAAAAAGUGUUUCGAUUAUCAGAUGUUGUCCAGUCUUUGUCUGAAAAUCAAAUUGAGACGUUAACAUCUAAAGCAGUCAAACGCAUCCUGCAUUCAGAGAGAGCGAUUGCUCAGAGUGGCAUGUCCCAUGUCCGAGUCAAGCUCCUGUCCCGGCUGGUGACACAGUUCGAAGGGAUGAUGAAAGAUGAUGUGCUGGAAUUUAUCCUGGAAGACAUCAGGACCAGGAGCGAUCUGGCCUUUUCUCUGCUGUACCAAGAGUACAACACCUACCUCAGCCAGCUGCCCACUGGGCUGCUAGACAGCUACGACCACUGUCUCUUCACUCUGCUGUCUGGCCUGCAGGAGAAGCCUGAACAGAGGGAUGGUCUUUUCACCAAACUAGUGCUAGAGGCUCCCAUUAUAACCGAAUCAGCUUUGGAAGUAAUACGACGUUACUGUGAAGAUGAGUCCCGCGUGUAUUUGGGCAUGACAACGCUAAAGGAGCUCAUCGUCAAACGGCCCUCAAGGCAGUUUCAGUACCUGCAUGUACUUCUGGAUCUCAGCUCACAUGAGAAAGAGAAGGUACGGACCACUGCUCUGGCUUUUCUGAAGCGCAUGUAUGAGAGAGACCAGCUCAGAGACUAUAUUGAAAAGUUUGCGCUGAACUACAUGCAGCUCCUUGUCCACCCCAACCCCCCGUCUCUGCUGUUUGGAGCUGACAAAGAUACAGAAGUGGCUGCCCCCUGGACCGAAGAGACUGUCAGACAGUGUCUGUUCCUCUACCUGUCCCUGCUGCCACUCAAUCACCGACUGGUCCACGAGCUCGCAUCUGUCUACACUGAGGCCAUCGCUGACAUAAAACGCAGUGUGCUUCGAGCCAUAGAGCAGCCGAUCCGUGGAAUGGGGAUGAGCUCUCCUGAGCUGCUGCUUCUGGUUGAAAACUGUCCAAAAGGAGCAGAAACUUUAGUCACUCGCUGUCUGCACAUUUUAACAGACAAAGUGCCUCCGUCUCCAGAGUUGGUGGAGAGAGUGCGAGACCUUUACCACAAACGAGUUCCGGACGUUCGUUUCUUAAUCCCAGUCAUCAAUGGGCUUGAAAAGCAUGAAGUGAUCCAGGCCCUCCCCAAGCUCAUCAAACUCAACCCAAUAGUCGUUAAGGAGGUGUUUAACCGUCUGUUAGGAACUCAGCACAGUGAAGGAAGUUCAUCUGUUUCCCCUCUUACACCAGGAGAUCUUCUUAUCGCCUUACACAACAUAGACUCAACCAAAUGUGAUAUGAAGUCAAUCAUAAAAGCAACGAACCUGUGCUUCGGGGAGAAGAAUGUGUACACAUCUGAGGUGUUAGCAGUGGUAAUGCAGCAGCUGAUGGAGCAGAGCCCCCUCCCCAUGCUGCUCAUGCGCACCGUCAUCCAGUCCCUCACCAUGUAUCCCCGACUGGGCGGCUUUGUCAUGAACAUUCUAUCCCGUCUCAUCAUGAAGCAGGUUUGGAAAUAUCCUAAAGUGUGGGAGGGGUUUGUGAAGUGCUGUCAAAGGACAAAGCCUCAGUCAUAUAGUGUGCUGCUACAGCUGCCUCCAGCCCAACUGACAAGUGUUUUUGAACGCUGCCCAGAAAUGAGGGAGCCUCUGCUACAUCAUGUUCACUCGUUCACCCCUCAUCAGCAAGCUCACAUACCUGCUUCCAUCAUGGCGGUCUUGGAAGUACACAAAAAGCCAGAGCCAAAACCUGUGGAGCCAGUCAUGGAGAAGGAGAUUGAGCCUGUUGAUACUCCCCCUGCCUUAUAUCUUAAAGAAACUCCCACCGCAGCAGUAACAGAAUCAGAGACACCAGUUGAGCAGGAACCAGCGGUCAUAAAAGAUGAAGAACCAAUGGAGCAAGAGGAGGCAGAGCCAGUCAUAGAGGAGGAGAGUGCUGACACUGUUUCUCAGCCUGAGGUGUCAGGAACAAGUGAUACGCCAUCACCUCAGCAGGAAGCAGCUGAGGAACCAAUGGAGUCAUCCCAGCCUGAGCCUGCAGAGCUGGAAGAGCUGGAAAAAGAAGCUGAAGCUGACGUCACCCCCCCAGAGGACGGAAGCAGCAGCGAGGAUGUCGAGUAACACCUCUCAAGUCAUAUGCAAACAAAAAAAAUGUAUAUUCUCUUUACUGAAAAGGUGAUGUUUUCAUUUUCAACCCUCAUUUGUUUGUAGAAAAUAAAUGGUAAACUUUUGUAUGAAAGCUUUGUGGAUGCCUUCAUGUACUGAUGAUUUGGUUAAUAAAUGAACAACCUAUUGGAUAA